UUGUUUCUCCUAGGAUGGCUAUGCUUCAUUGUGAAGGCAAUCUCCCUUUUUUGAUGUGAAAUACUAGAGAUUGCUACCUCAUAGGCUCGAGGAAGGGACUGAAAACCCACGGUUACAAAUGCACAAACAAUAACUCUCUGUAAUCUAGUUCUCUUGAGUUAUGCUAAGUGGCGAGUGCCUGCCUGAACUCUCUUCCCCUCACAGCCUUUGCUUCUUGGGUUUCAAUUCCAAACAUGGUUAUCUAUUUGGGGUCUCUCUUCUUUCCACGGCCCAGUGCUAUACAUUCCAAAUUAAACACAAGUACCCUCAGCGCCUCUUCCCCGCCUCUUUUGCCCCCCUGCUCCUCUUUCAACUGAGUCUAUUUUUUACUUCUCUUACAGCUGGAGAGGAAGGGAACCACAGGUCCCUGCAAUUGCAUUUUGCCAAGCGCCUUUCUGCUGCUUUUGCAACAGAGCUUCGUAGCAGGAACAUUUAUUGUAAAGUUGAUAUUAAGGACCAGUUUUGCUGAAACGAUUGGUUGGGAGGCAUUCAGCAUAGCAAUAUUUAGCCUGCUGCCUCUGCUAUUUACAUUACAACUUAAUAUAACAGUUGAUCUUUUUUAAAAAAACGCUUUAAAAAAAUCUGGGUAGCAUUAUAGCUGCUGUCCAAUUCUUGCAACUGCUUCCACAGUGUGUUUUGAUAUAAUUUUUAAGGUGUGUAGGUUAGGAGAUAGUGAAAAUGAGUGAAAAUGACACCCUUUUGGACCGGAUUGUUUUCCAUCCUGUUUUGUGUGAGGGAUGGAAAAUCUAUAUGGAAGGAGCAGCCUAUCACCUUGCAAAUUUUUUCCUCCUCUUGGGAUUUAUGGGAGGAAGUGGCCUCAUUGGCUCCAUCUACAUCUUUGGCUUCCUGACUGUUGGUUUCUUCUGCGUUGCUCUCUGGGGCUGGUUGGAUGCCUGCGGACUGGACAUCUUCACUUGGAACAUGCUUUUAGUCCUGAUCUGUUUGCUUCAGUUAGCUCACUUAUUUUACCAGCUCCGUAAACACACAUUUUCUGAAGAAUUUGACCUGCUGUACAAGCAAGUUUGCCAGCCUCUGCAAGUGCCACCCCAGGUCUACAGAGAAAUAGUCAAGGGCUGUGAGGAGCAGGUCCUGCCUUUGGCCAAAGACCAGACCUAUGCUGUGGAGGGCAAGACAGCAAUCGAUCGCCUAUCAUUCUUGCUUUCGGGCAGGGUUAAAGUGAGCCAGGAUGGACAAUUUCUACAUUAUGUCUACCCAUAUCAGUUUCUGGAUUCCCCAGAGUGGGAAUCAUUGCCGCCUUCCGAAGAGGGAACAUUUCAGGUCACACUGACAGCAGAGACAGACUGCAGUUUCAUCACUUGGCAACGGAAGAAGCUCUAUUUGCUUCUGGCAAAAGAGCGCUACAUUGCCCGUCUCUUCUCUGUCCUCCUUGGCUAUGAUAUCUCAGAAAAGGUGUACGCAUUGAACGAGAAGCUUUUUGCUAAAUUUGGCCUGCGAUUUGACAUCCGCCUGCCCAGCCUCUAUCAUGUCCUAGGUCCUGCUUCUUCGGAUACAGAAAUGGAGGAAGAAGCCGGGGUGUGUGAAGAGCCACCCAUGCCCUUGAGCCAGCCAGCCACAUUUGUCCCGCCAGCCCCAGUGGCUCCUCACCCUGUGUCUCUUCUUGCUCAUCCCCGGAAACCUCGGCCUGACAGUGACCUGUCUGGUGAGGACUCUACCAGUCUUGUAUUGGAAGAUUUUGCUGAAUUGUCAGGGUCCUUUUUGGACUAUCUGAGCGAAGGGGAGUAUAUGAAAUGAGGGCACUUCUAACAUGGGCACACCCUGUCAUCCUGUGUAAGUAAGUACUCUUUGUGCCUUCAGAAGGAAACACAACGGUGUGUGGUGGGAGGUGAUGCCUGAUGGGUCCAGCAUGCUGUAUGCAUCUUUGGGCUGGUGAGUUACCAGUCUUUUGGAAUCAAAAGCAGAUUUGGGGGAUUUCACACAGUUACCAACUCUGCCAGCUCUCAUAGUACUGGUCCAAAAUCCAACAGUGAAAGGCAGAAGAAUAGUGAGCCACUUGUUACGAAAACCUUGCUUAAUGUCCCUUGUUUUAACAUUGUUUGUCCAAGUUCUGUUUGGACCAUGUUUGGGCAGCAUCUUUAACCUAGUUCCAGGGGGUUGGAGAUAAGACUGUUUUUAAAUUGUUUUAAAUUGUUUUUAAAUUGUGUUAUAUUUUAGCCAUUCUUGUAAGCCGCUCCGAGCCCCAGGGGAGUGGCGGCAUAUAAGUUCAAAUAAUUGAUA